CGCGGCAUAUGGGACAUCCCGCGCUCGAGAUUGCUGUGAAACGUUCCUUAUCCUAGGACUGCGACGACCUCUGCGACUCUGCUAGCGAUGGCUGAAAUUACUAGGGAGAUUGAAAUCGACCUGUCACUCAUUCCCCCGCUCGACGAGUCUCUGCUGACUUUGAACGACGAAGAGAGGGAGUUCUUGCACAAGUCGGUCACGUCGGAUGAUGAUGAACUGAAGGAAAGGAUAGUGGAGGCUCAGACAAAUGCCUACAAGCAACAUCCCUAUCCAUGCAUCCGCGGCUUCCACUUUGUCAACUUAUUCAUGUUUGAAAACCCUAUCUAUCCUCAGGUCCUCGCCGCAGGGAAAUUGGGGCAGACAGUCCUCCUUGAUCUCGGAUGCUGCAUGGGGACAGACGUCCGCAAGCUAGUCCACGAUGGCUAUCCGGCGUCGAAUGUCAUGGGCUGCGACUUGCGCCAAGAGUUUAUUGAGCACGGCUACGAGCUUUACCAAGACAGAGAACAGUGUGCCAUACACUUCUUUGCAUCCGAUAUCUUUGACGUGCCGUAUCCGUUCCCAGCAGACCAAGCUCCCGCGGGGCCGCUCGACACUGGAAAAGUGACAGAGAUGAAACAGCUGUACGGCAAGGUUGACCACUUCUACACCGGGGCUCUCUUCCACUUAUUUGACGAGUCGACGCAAUAUGCGCUUGCGCUACGUGUGGCGCAGCUGAUCAAGCGCAGCGCUGGCACAAUCGUGUUUGGUAGACAUCAGGGCUUAGAAGAGGAGGGAUACAUCAAUGAUCAUCUGUCAAGGAAGCGUUACGGGCAUUCCGUCAAGAGCUGGCCAUUGCUAUGGAAGAAGGUUUUUUCAGAGAUCGAGUCACCCGAGUUUGCAGAGAGCAAGGUCGUCGUAGAAGCGAAACUUUCUGGUUCUUUUGCCCCUCACGUCUUUCGCGCCCACGGACAGACGGAUAUGCUAUAUUGGAGUGUGAGGAUCGUAUGAAUGACACUGAAGAGCUGGAUAUAUGUAUUACAGCAUUGCAAAUUGACCUUGUGAAGAUACUACCGA